CGGCUAUUUGCCACGCGAAUUGAAUGAUGCAUAAGACAGUUGUUUUUAUCGUCACGGCCAUCAGCCUGUGGAGAUGCUCCUCCGCACACUUGGGCUGCAAGGACAUUGAGUCACAUUCACCUGCACUGAGACUCAAGAGACAUCUCUUCUGUGAUUAUGACAAGGAUAUUCUGCCGACAAAGGGCAAGGAUCACAAUGUUUUCAUUGAGGUAUCGCUCCUCCCUGUGUCAGUCGAAAUGAAUGAACAUUCAGGGACACUUGAUUUCCACACGUGGUUGAUUAUGAACUGGGAAGAUAUUCAUCUCACAUGGACUCCAUCAGAUUUCGAGGGUGUCAAUACGACAUACGUCAAGAGCGAUGACAUAUGGAUUCCAGACUUCACAGUCUUCAAUUCAGGAGACUUCGCAAAAGAUCAGACAGGACUUCCGUCCACCGACUGCCACCUGCAGUCAGACGGAAAGCUCCAGUGUGCAGCAGCAAGAGUCUUCACGACUCACUGCCCAACAGAUUUCACAAAUUGGCCGUAUGACAAACACAACUGCACUCUGCACUUUGGCUCCUGGAUUCAUUACGGAACAAACGUCAACUUGACAUUCGGAUACAUUUACAUGGCCGAGCUCCGGGAAAAUCGUGUGUGGGAUGUGGAAAUGAGCAAUUUGACGAGCUACUCGGAGAUGUACGAUAGAUCAUGGGACAAUAUGUUCUUUCUGCACGUUGGAUUGACCAGAAAUCCGAUGAGAGGGGGCAUGGCGUAUGUUGCCCCUGCCGUUGUCAUCAUGAUGAUUACUCUGACGAUCCUCUGGCUGGACUCUCGAUCAGUAGAAAGGAUAGCUAUUUCCGGUGUGACUUUCAUCGCGCAUAUACUCCUCGUAUUAGACCUUCACUGGUCAUUACCUGCAUCUGGCAGUCCUAACAUCCCAAAAAUUUUGAUUUUCUACGAAAUCUCCCUGAUACUCUCCACCUGCAUCCUGGUGUUGACGAGUUUCCUCCGGAAAAUUCACUCCCUGAGCUCGCCAGCCCCGGCCGCAGUGAUAAUCAUGACUUCUACCGUUCUUAAUUCCCCGAUUGGUCGCCUUAUGAAUAGCGAAGGGACAUUGAAGAAUGAGGUGACCCUCGAGGACGGAGAGAACGAUCGUUCGGUGACGAAACCCAAUAAAACUUGGCAGGAGUGUGCGAUCGUCUUCGAGUGGCUGGCUCUCAUUAUUUUCACCAUUACUUACUUUAUUCUACUUGCUGUACUACUGCCGAUGGCUCCAGCGCAUCCUGUGAAUCAACUAGUUAACAUCAUGAGUGCAUUGAGGCUGAUUACCCUCAUAGUCAUUUACGUCAGUGGAUUUGUAUCCACCGAUGAAGAUAUUUUUGAAUUCAACUGCAAAAUAAUUGAGGAUGGAACGCCCCUUUACAAGCUCAAAAGGCACCUCUUCUGUGAUUACGAUCCGGCAAUCAGGCCUGGACAUGGUGCCAAAAAUGCAACUUCUGUCGAAGUCACGAUCUUUCCGAAAUACGUGCAAUUCAGGAAGUGGAGUGCUAGUAUGGAGAUGAACAGCUGGAUUUUUAUCGAGGUGUACGAUCCCUUUUUAACUUGGAUUCCACAAGAGCACGAUGGCAUAAAAUUUUUGUCUGUUAGAAGGAGCGAAAUUUGGACGCCAGAAUUGUACACUAUCAAUCCGAGCCGUGGAGAUAUGUCAGGAAUUCCCGAUGGAAACUGCAAAUUAUCGUACGACGGUGAAGUUCAGUGUGUCGCAUCAGUGAAGUACAUCAUACCCUGUGUUUCCGAUUACACUCACUGGCCUUGGGACAUUCAUAACUGCACGCUGAAGAUGGGUGCAUGGGCCUACUCCGAUGAGGACAUAGUAUUCGGCAGUGACACUGGGAUUGUCAUAGAUCAUUAUCGACGCAUUGCAGAAUGGAAGGUCUCUCUCCCUAUGAUGGGGAUAAUAAAAGAGAAAUCCAAGUUAUCUAGUAAUGCUACUUUUCCAAGUUUCGCGGUGUCGGUUCUGCUGACGAGGACACAAACAGCUUUGAAGAGUGUUUUCGUCUCUCCAGUGAUAAUCUUGACUGCGGUGACUCUGACUAUCCUGUGGCUGAGACCAGGAUCCACUGAACGUCUCAUAUUAUCCUGUUUUAAUCUCUUGGGCCAUAUGGUGGUUAUUCGGCAUAUUCACUAUAGCGUACCCAAUACUGGAAAUGAUGUCCCCAAUAUCCUGAUCUUCUACAACAACUCCCUCAUCCUCUCGUCGUUGGUAUUGAUGUUAACCUGCUGGCUCUACAAACUCCUAGAGUGGAAACGGGAAGUGCCCCUGUGGCUGGCCUCACAAGUCUCAGUCGUCCUCACGAGUAAAGUCGGACAAGUACUGUCGAUCAAUGCCAUGGAUCCUAAAGGAACGGCGUUACUCGAAGAUGAUGCUGAUGACAACAGCGGUCUAGUCGAUUCUCAGACGAAGAAAUCCAACUGGGAGAAUGUUGUUACUGUUAUUGGAUGGCUCUUACUAUUCAGCUUUGGUUUUAUUUAUUUCGUUAUGUCUCUUGCUCUACUUUGUUGAGAAUUUAGGAAUAUUUGAUUAAUUGCACCUUUUGAAUGAAACUCGGCAGAUGAGUCCUAUCGUCCCUGCGCUCUUGCUGAUCCCUGGCUAUUUUACAAUAAAUUUUUCUGGAAAUAUCAA